AGUUGCACUUCAAGAACAAUAACUACAUUACUUGCUCUUUGAUUACUUCCUCAGCUAAUCUCCCUCCCAUCCAUCUUCCAACUCCAUCCCCCUUUGCCCCUUCCUCCACCAAGUAAUCAGAAGCCAUCCAUGGCCACCGGUCAAAGAGGAAAAAAGGGAUCACACCAGACAACCAAUAAUCCGGCCAAGAACCCACCACACUUCUUCAAAGUUGUGCUUUCUUCUGUCGGCCAAGGCAUAAGAAUUCCGACCGCGUUUAUGAGAGAACACGGAGAGAGUUUGAAGAAAGUGGUGUGGUUAAAGGUUCCGACGGGAGCUUCAUGGCCAGUAGCAUUGCUCCAGACCGAUGUUGGAACCUGGCUGCGGAAAGGGUGGCGGGAAUUUGCUGAAUACUAUACAAUUGACAGAAGUUAUUUCUUGGUGUUCAGAUACGAAGGGAACUCCCAGUUCUAUGUCAUAAUAUUCGAUCCAACUGCUUCAGAAAUUGAAUAUCCCGUCGAAGCCGGGAAGGGUGUCCAUGAUAAUGAUUUGGACCAGCUGCCUAGGAGGAGGACGAACCCAGUGCAGAUAUUUGAUGAAAUUGAAUCUGAUGAUGAUUCUAUUGAAAUCUUGGAGGAGAUUCCGGCCGCUGCAUCAUCAUCUCAUGCCCAUAACCGAAGAAAAUCAGCUCAAGUUGAUGGGAACAGGCGUUCUAUUCGCGCAAAAAAGGAGAGUAUUUAAGUUUUUAUAAAGUAAAGAAAUUUCUCUUAUCAGUUCCUUUAGUUGUAAUUUUCGAAUAAUAUAUAUAAGUACCAAAAAUGAGUUUGAUUCACAAUAUUGAUGUUAAUUUUAUUUGUCAGCAGAAGCAUCUUUCCAACGCCAGUGACAAAAUAAUGAUCGCUAAAAGACAAUUUUAUUGCUUAACAAAGAGCAAAACCUUUCACAUCCAAGAAUCCCUUCUUCAUUCGUUUGAUGCAGCCAUCCUAUAAUGUUAC